GUAAAAAGGGCGAAGAUUUUAUUCUACUAGCAUUAAAUCGUAAACAUGGCAGAUUAUUCCAGACUUUCCAUAGCUGGAUUAUUCGUCCUUUUCACCGUUUUGACGGUGAAAGAUCUGUUCAUUUCACCCACUCAGUCAUCAGCUAGUUCCCCCAAAGAAAUUCCAGUUACAAGGGUUGGCGUAGACAAAUUUAUCGGGCCAACUCUGAAAGUUCUUUACUGUUAUUCGUGUGGAUACAAGAAGGCUUUCGAGCAGUAUGCAAACUUGCUACAAGAAAAGUACCCUGAAAUAAUCGUGACCGGUGACAACUACCAGCCGUCAGCUGUCAGAACGUUUUUAGCACAGGCAGUGGGUCUCUUGAAGAUGGCUGCUGUCGUCUGCAUUGUCCUCGGAGUCAACCCUUUCACAAGUCUAGGCUACCAGAACACGCCCUCCUGGUGGCAAUGGUGUUUUAACAACAAAAUCUACGCCUGCAUGAUGAUUUUCUUCAUGGGCAACGCGCUCGAAGGCCAGCUGAUCUCUACUGGUGCUUUUGAAAUGUUCUUCAAUGAUGUUCCUGUUUGGUCGAAACUGGAAACUGGUCGCAUCCCGCAACCUCCAGAGCUGUUCCAGAUCUUAGAAAAUCAACUCCAGUUCCAGCCUCAAGCCUCGUCAGCCUUUCAUCCACCCACGCCUACCUACUCAUCAUAAUAAUUUUUAAAUGUGACUGCACUCCUCAAUUUAGUUGCCAUACUCAAGAACAGUAUUUUGACAGGCCAACGACUAAUUGUUAAAUAACGAACCGAAAGGAUUGAGAGCAUUUACAUUAAUUGGUUCAACAAUUCUCAUUCACUCUAAAAUGCCGUGUUGUCAAAUGUUAUUGUUUUCAAUAAAAAAAACUAAAAAUUAUGGUAAAUAUUGCAUAGAAAACAUUGAUGUAAAAUAAUAUAUUAUUAUAGGGGCUCUGUUGUGGAGGUUUUCACGGGAUGUAGGAUGUGUAUCACAUUUCUUUUACUAGGAAAUCAAUGUGGCAUAAAUGUGUGGAUAAGAAUUACCCUGCAAAUUGAGUAAUUUUGUGCUGUUUGUACACAUUUCCAGAUUGACAGAAAAUUACUUGCAUUGUGUUGAUCCAUUGUUGGUGUACAUAUUUUACAAAUAAGAAUAUGUUCAAUAUUGCAAGCCAGUCAAAUAAAGAUGUUUUUCUAUAUCAAUGUAA